CACAAAGUUACAACAAUGACGACUAUGCAAAAGAUUGCCGAGAUUGAGGCCGAGAUGGCCAAGACCCAGAAAAAUAAGGCUACCAUGGGGCAUUUAGGCAUGCUCAAGGCCAAAUUAGCAAAGCUUAGACGAGAAUUGCUAGAACCAGGAACAGGAGGCGGUGGAGGCGGGAAGGGCGAAGGCUUUGAUGUCAAUAAGGUUGGAGAUGCUCGCGUGGGGCUCGUUGGAUUUCCAUCGGUGGGAAAGUCCACGCUGCUCAACAAGCUCACAGGAACAUUCUCAGAGGUGGCUGCGUAUGAGUUCACAACCCUCACCUGCAUUCCUGGAGUGGUGCGGUAUCGAGGAGCCAAGAUUCAGCUACUGGAUCUGCCAGGAAUUAUUGAGGGGGCCAAGGAUGGCAAAGGGCGUGGUCGCCAGGUUAUUUCCACGGCGCGCACGUGCAACCUGAUCCUGAUUGUACUGGACUGCCUAAAGCCCCUCUCGCACAAGAAGCUGAUAGAGCACGAGCUGGAGGGCUUUGGCAUCCGCCUGAACAAGCAGCCACCGGCCAUCAGCUUCAGGCGCAAGGAGAAGGGUGGCAUCAACUUUAGCACCACCGUGCAGAACGCCAAGCUCGACGUGGACGCGGUGAAGUCGGUGUGCAGCGAGUACAGAAUACACAAUGCGGAUGUGACCAUGCGGGACGACUGCGACAUAGACGACCUGGUGGACGUGAUAGAGGGCAGCCGAGUCUACAUCCCAGCCGUCUACGUCAUCAACAAGAUCGACCAGAUCACACUAGAGGAGCUGAAUGUGAUGUCACGGCUGCCGCACUACUGCCCGGUGUGCGCGUACCACAACUGGAACCUGGAUGGCCUGGUGGAGAUGAUCUGGGAGUACCUCGACCUCCUACGCAUCUACACCAAGCCCAAGGGGCGGUUGCCGGACUACAACGAUCCGGUGGUGGUGCCAGCGGGGCGCAACACGGUGGAGGACUUCUGCAAUCGCAUCCACAAGGGCAUCGCGAAGCAGUUCAAGUAUGCGCUCGUGUGGGGCACAUCCGUCAGGCACCGGCCCCAGAAGGUCGGCAAGGACCACCGCCUGCAGGACGAGGAUAUCGUGCAGAUCGUCAAGAAGAUCUGAUGCAAGAUCUGUGCUGUCACCUGUGAGGAGCUCUGGUGUUGCUGUCAUGGACUGGGGGACGAGAGAUCUGAGAGAGAUGCCUGAUGCAGCUUUUAGACUUUUUUGAUGUGUUCAAUACUCUUGUCCUGAGCCCGGCCUGAUGUCUUGACAGUAAGUUUGAUGCUGUCAGCAGCUGUAUCGUACAUGAUCUUUGCAAUGUAAACGUCUGGUUGAC